GGAGGACUCAGUCAUUGCAGUGAUUAAAUGAUAUCCAACUUCAGCUGGGGAUCCCAAAAUCCACUGUCGCUCUUAGUCUCGACUGCUGACUCUGACAGUUGGUUCAUAACUGCUGUUUAUUUUAAGGACAUUGCAAAAGACACCAACAGAGAAAUAAGGACCCCUGAAGUGCAUCUUCUCAAGACAACACAGACUCAACCAUGUCAGGUUAUGAAGAAAGCACCAACAUGGUCACAUUUGAUUAUUCACAAUAUUAUGCCUAUGAAGAUACAAGCUCUGCUCCUUGUGACCUCAGUAAUUUGGAGGAUUUUGGGAAGGUGUUUCUACCUACUGUCUAUGUUUUGGUCUUCAUCCUUGGCUUCUUAGGUAACAGCCUGGUGGUGUGUGUCCUAGUAAAGCACCGCAACCAGACCAACCUGACGGACAUCUGCCUCUUCAACCUGGCUCUCUCCGACCUCCUCUUCGUCCUCACGUUGCCUUUCUAUGCUCACUACUCUGUGGUCCGUAAGUGGACUUUUGGAGACUUCAUGUGCCGCUUUGCCUCCGGUUCUCACAACACUGGCUUCUAUAGCAGCAUCUUUUUCAUGGUUGUCAUGACGAUGGACCGCUACAUUGUCAUCAUACACACUCACAAGGCGGCACGCUAUCGCACUGUAAGAGCAGGCGUCGCUCUGAGUCUGAUAGUCUGGAUGCUGAGUUUGAGCGUCUCACUGCCUGAUUUUAUCUUCACAAAGGUGAAUGAGUCUGAAGGGUCAAGUUGUAGAUAUGACCCUCAGAGCGAUGCUUGGAAGCAUUAUAACAUCUUUACAGCAAACAUAUUAGGUCUGAUGAUCCCCUUGUUGGUGAUGGUAGUUUGCUACUCCAAGAUCAUCCCCAUACUGAUGAAGAUGAGGAGCACGAAGAAGCACCGUGUGGUGAAACUCAUCAUCUCCAUAGUGGUUGCCUUUUUCAUAUUCUGGGCUCCCUAUAACAUUUCCCUUUUCCUGAGAUUUCUGAAGACUAAACUACCAGGUGACGAGUGCACCCUGGAAAAAAACCUACGGCUGUCAGUGACAUUGACUGAGACCUUUGCCUACACUCAUUGCUGCCUGAACCCCAUCAUUUACGCCUUUGUGGGACAGAAGUUUAUGAGAAGGGUUUUGCAGCUGCUGAAGGAGUGUGUGCCCUGGAUCCCCCUGUCCGCCACCAUAGAUUUCUCUAAUAGCUCUCUCAGGAAAAGCUCGGCUGCGUCAAGGUCAUCUGAGGUCACCUCCACUUUCAUCAAGUAGAAGGACUAUUGACUGUUUAUAUAUAUGGAUGAAGUGUCUCCCACUCCUCCUGUUGCACUGAAGGGAAGCCAGAUUAACCUCCAAGGUGCAGCACAUUGGUGUCAUUUUGAGAGUUUGCUUUCAUUUGACAAUAGAGUCAUCAAUAAUGUCAUUAUCCCUAUUUUAAUAACAUGUAAUAUUUGGAACACAGGCAUAAAUUAGCAUGAUAAGGAACAUAAUUACAGAGACCAUGUUGAAAAAAGUGUUUAGAUUUCUUUAUUUUUAAGAUUUUUAUUAGGGGCUUUUACCCUUUGAUGGAUUGGAAAGGGGGGGGGGCUGGAUCAAUCAUAGCAGGACCAGGAGUUGAUCCUCCGACCUGUGCAACAACAAUAAGGUCUACAUGGGGCACCUGGAAGAAACACGGCAGCACUUCUUAGUGCAACAGAAAAAAAAAUGUCUCUGAAGCCGUGCAGCUCUUGAACCACAACAUGGACUUAUCUCUUCCACGCGUGCGUCUGCGUUUGUUCUUUUUCACACAUUCAGUGAUGAGGCAGCGAGUUGUUGCAGAAACACCCCUACUGAACUGAGAGGCCACUUUCUUCUAAGGAGGCGAAAUGCUCUCUCACAACACGGAGGGUUUUUUUACGCUGGAAAAAGCAUGAUGAUGAAUCAGAAAUGCAAAUGUCGAACUGAAGGGUUGUGUGGCACCUUUUGCACAUUUUGAGCAUGCAUUUGAAUCUGUUUAUGUGGAACACGUUUUGGCUCAUAAUGUCUGUUUUUUUAUUUUCUUAGUGUUAUUUUCUGUAUCACAAUAUUUUAACAUUUACAGUAUUUUCCACACAUGCAUAUUCUGGUGUUUUUAACUAACUGUUAUUGUUUCAUCUUUCAUAUAUAACAGCAUUUAUUCAAAUACUUUGGAUUAAUAAUUGAUACUUAAUGGUUCGAUUGCUGAUGUAAUUGUUUGUUUGUUUGAUUUUUUUGUAUCAUGGUACAAUUUGUUUUGCAGCAGUUCAAUCUGCUCAAAGAUAUUAUUAAAGCUUCAUAUAUCUA